AUGCACAGAAAGGGCGAUGAGAACUGGCUGGGUACAGAUGAUGAGCCGCUCCUUGGUUUUUCAUGGAGAGGAGGCUCUGAGCCAGAGACUACGGGCAUCCAGCUCUGGAGUGAGGUUUUUCUUGUCCCAAAAAGUGAUGGCACAGAGUUGGCCGUUGUGCUAAUGGACACGCAGGGUGCGUUUGAUUAUCAGUCGACUGUGAAGGACUGUGCCACCAUCUUUGCACUCAGCACUAUGACCAGCUCUGUGCAGAUUUACAACAUAUCUCAGAACAUACAAGAGGAUGACCUUCAACAGUUACAGCUUUUCACAGAGUACGGUCGUCUUGCUAUGGAUGAAAUCUUUUUGAAGCCCUUUCAGUCUUUGAUGUUUCUGGUCCGGGAUUGGAGUUUUCCAUACGAGUACAAUUAUGGCCUCAAAGGAGGCAGUGACUUUCUGGACAAAAGAUUACAGGUGAAAGACGCCCAACAUGAGGAGCUGCAGACCGUGAGGGAGCACAUAUACUCCUGCUUUACCAACAUCUCAUGCUUUUUGUUGCCUCAUCCUGGACUGAAGGUUGCCACGAAUCCAUCAUUCCAAGGACAACUCAGUGAGGUGGCCACAGAGUUCCGAACACAGCUGAAGGAUCUUAUUCCCACUCUCCUGCAUCCUGAUAAUCUGGCUGAAAAGGAAAUCAAUGGGAACAAAGUCACCUGCAUGGGUUUGGUGGAGUUUUUUAAGGCGUACAUCAAGAUUUACCAGGGAGAGGACCUGCCACAACCAAAGACUAUGCUCAUGGCUACUGCAGAAGCGAACAACCUGGCAGCUGUCGCAGCUUCAAAAGAGCAGUAUUAUAAAAACAUGGAGAAGGUAUGUGGUGGAGACCUGCCGUAUGUGUCUCCUGAGUCCCUGGAAGAGAAGCAUGACUUUUUAUUCAGAGAGGCACUACAUAAUUUCUCCUCAACCAAAAAGAUGGGUGGCCAGGAGUUUUGUGACCGUUACCAAGGCCAGCUGGAAAAGGAGCUAGAUGAAAUGUGGCAGUCGUACCAAAAGCACAAUGAGUCCAAAAACCUGUUUAGUGCCUUCCGCACUCCCGCAGUGCUGUUUGUGCUGGUGUGCAUCUUGUACAUUCUGUCCGGCAUCUUCCUCUUCCUCGGGAUGGCCACGUUUGCACUGGUGACUGACUGCACCCUCGGCCUGGUCAUGAUGUCCAUGCUGGCCUGGGCUUUCAUCCGCUACUCGGGCCGCUACCGUCCACUCGGAGGGGCCAUCGACCAGGCGGCAGGCCUUGUGCUGGAACAGACGACUGAGAUGUUGAACAAGUCAAGAGGAACAAACACCGCUGAGACAAAAAAAUCCCAUUAG